AUGAAAUUUUUUUUUAUUUUUAUUUAUCUGCUUUACUUUAUACUAGAUAAAAAUAUUCAUACAACAAUUCGAGGUUGCGUGCCAUCACGAUCUAAAAGCACUUACUGUAAUUUCGAAGCAACAUAUCCUGAAGCACUUGUCACUUGUGCAUUUUGCUCUGAAAAUGGUUGCAAUCGAUCACGGCGUCUUGAAGCACCCUUGUCAACAUUACUGACAAUAAUUUCACUUUGGACACUCAUUGUUGCGUUCACUUUGCAUAACCAGUGA